AUGAAUUUAAUGGAAAAUCUCGGAAGCGACUUCAACCAGACCGGUUCGGUCAUGACGCCGCAAGAGCUUGCGGCCAUGCGUAAGAAGCGGGGUGAAUGCGUUUCCUGUGGCCAAAAGUGUUUCAAAAAGAAGGUCUUCAAAAUGAUUCCUUUGGAUGUUCCAGGAAAGGUAAAGAAUGGAAGGUGCUUAAAGUGUAGUGGUGAAGGAGGAGGAGGAGGUCCAGCUCCAGUGCGCCCUGCAAGUGGUUCCACAAGACCAGGAGGCCCUGGGGGAGGUCCAAGUCUUUCCACCUCGGGACGUUCCACGGGACCAUUGGCUGCUUCGGCAACUGUGGGCGCUGGAUCUUCUGCCUUGGCCGCCACUCGGGCCAAUCGGCCAGCAUCCAUGCCACCAGUCUCUGCUGCUGUGGCGGCACCUCGCACCAAUAGCCUUCCCGUCAGAUCAAUGGGCGCUAGCAACCCUACUCGUUCGAAUUCCAAUCGAUCCUUGCACAGUACUGGAUCCAAUUCUCGUGGUGGCUCGUCGGCCAGUCGAGCCAUGACUGUACAGGCCACUGUGGCGCCGGCACCUGUUGCGGCUGCGGUUUCGGCACCCGCUGCCGCUGCACCGCCACCGGUAGCAGAGGCUGCCUUGUACGACGAUUAUGGUGCAGACUAUGAUGGUGGUGCCAGCGCUGCCUUUGGAAGCGCGAGUAUUGGAUUUGGCAGUGCUAGUGCUGGCCUUGGUGAUGGAGGUCAAUCCAACUAUGACGACCGUCCACCAUCCAACUUGCCUCCGAUUCCUCCUUCCAGAGAACCGGAAACGUCCACGAUUCUACAAGGAAAUCAUGCCACUGUAGCCUCCAAUUCGUCUUCAGACGCCACGCAUACAAAAGAAAAAUUACAAAAGGCGGUGAAAAAGCUCGAUAGUGCCACAGACAAACCCGAGGAAAUUGAAAAAUGUAUGGAAGAAUUCGCUACCAUGAAACUGAUCAAAGAGGAUCACAGCUACAUGAUUGAUCAACGAGUUCCACGCACCAUUUCCAAGGCCAUGAAUGCCAAUCUGGACAAUAUCCACAUCCAAAAGUGGGGAUGCAGUGCCGUCUUCAAUCUAGCUGGAACGACGCGGUGCCAAGAAUAUUUUGUCAAGGGUGGUAUCAUGGAACCCAUUUUGACCACAAUGGAGAAGAACACAAACGAUGCUGGAUUUCAAGAACAAGCAUUGUCAACCAUUGCCAACUUGGCAGUCGCCAAGAAGAAUCUUAAUACUCUAGUCAACAAGGGCGCACUGGAGAGAAUGAUAGAAGCUAUGAAUGCGCACACUGCGAAUCCAAAGAUUUUAGUCAAGGCUUGUCAAGCAGUUGCCAACAUGGCGUCCCAUGAAUCUUCACUUAAGAAAAAGCUAAUGGAAAGUGCUGGAGGAACCAUUGUCAUUGCCAUGGUCAUGAAUCCUAAUCAUGUUGGACUAUUAGAGGCUGCUCUGCGGGCAUUGCGACAUUUGUCUUCCGGCAAUGAUGAAAACAAGACCGAAAUUGCCAACAACGGUGGCGUGGACUCCAUCAUUAGUGCGAUGCAAGUUCAACGGGAUGUAGCUGCAGUCCAACUGGAAGGAGCGUGGACACUGGCCAACUUGGCCACAACGGAAGAAAACAAGGAAGUAAUUGGUGAUUGUGGUGGAAUUGAUGUUGUUGUGCGAGCCCUUUGGGUUCAUUCAGAAGAAAGACAAGUGCUAGAAAAGAGUCUUCGAGCCUUGUACAAUCUAUCUCUCGAUGCUCACAAUGCUGGAAUUGUUAUUGAAGUCGGCGGUAUCAACGCUAUUGUCACUGUGAUGCAGGCUCAUCCAGAUGCUGCAGGCAUUCAAGAUGUUGCUUGCGGUGUCCUGUACAAUCUUGGGGACGUCUCGGAUGACAACCGAAUGCAAAUUGUCGACGAGGAAGCUUUGGAUGCCAUUGUGCUCACAAUGGUUCUGCAUUCCGAAGAUGCUGAAGUCCAAAAACGAGCCUGUCUUGUUCUCAAGCAGAUAUGUAUUCCAGACAAUUACAAGCCCAUGUUUGCAGCCAACAUUGUCGAGCUUGUGACAGUGGCUGGCGAUAAAUACCCAGAUUGCAAAGACCCAAUGAACUUUAUCCUGAAUAACAUGGAUGGAGAUACUAUGUCCUAUUAA